AUGUCUUCUAAUGAGACUGAGAAUAUUCUCCUGUGUUACCCUUUACAGCCAGACUCUUGUCCUAGAACUCAUCGUCUCACUGUUGUUAAAGUGGCAAUGUACGCUUUCAUGUUACUCAUGAUACUCAUGACAGUUUUUGGGAAUCUGCUGAUCAUCAUCUCCAUCUCUCACUUCAAACAGCUUCAGUCUCCAACUCAUCUGAUCGUUCAGUCAUUGGCUGUGUGUGACUGUCUGAUGGGAUCACUGGUGAUGCCCUACAGUAUGGUGCGAUCUGUCGAGGGCUGCUGGUUUUUGGGAGAUGUUAUUUGUAAAAUGCAUUUUAGUUUGGACUUGACCCUCUGUAUCGCCUCUAUACUGCAUCUUUGUUUAAUAUCUAUUGAUAGAUACUGGGCCAUAUAUGACCCUUUAAAAUACAAAAUGAGAAUCACAAACAACACUGUGACUGUAUUAAUCACGUUCACAUGGAUCUUUUCAUUUGUGUACAGUUUUUCUGUUGUGUUUUCAGGGGUGUAUGCUGUUGGUAUGGAAGCUCUUAUAUUACAGAUGUCUUGUUUUGGUGGCUGUGUUGUGGUUUUUAACCAAGAAUGGGGGGUAACUUUUGUCAUUGUAGUAUUUAUUAUUCCAGGAACUAUAAUGAGCUUUCUGUAUAUCAGCAUAUUUAAAGUUGUGAAAAAACAUGCAAAGGUUUUGUCAGUGCCCUCCAAAGGUGUUAACAGUCAAAGCUCUGCACACAGAGAAAGAAAAGCAGCUAAAACUCUGGCUCUGGUUAUGGGCGUUUUCUUUCUCUGCUGGCUGCCUUUAUUUAUUAUGAGUGCCGUCAGCCCUUAUAUCAAUUUUUCAGUUCCAGCUGAUGUUUAUGAAGUUUUAGGUUGGUUUGGAUAUUUGAACUCUGCUUGCAAUCCUUUGAUCUAUGGAUUUUUCUAUCCUUGUUUUCAGAAGGCCUUUAAGACACUCAUAUUCACUUAUAUCUGUGGAUUCAAGGAUUCAGGUGGUUUGACAUUUGAGUAA